AUGCUGGACAUCCACAGGAAGCUCCUGGAUCAGAAGCAUGUGGAAGAAGACCAAAGGACGCUGUUCCGGUACUUCUGCGAAGCCAUCCUGGUCCUGAGAUACUUUCAGCGACCAGAAGCAGUGAAGGCAUUUAAAGCUUCAGACUGGAUCAACAAGAGAAAUGUUGAUGGACGAAUUCACAUGGAGGUGCAAUCCACAAAGCAGAGUGCAACAUUUUCCCUCACAGAGGAGGACUCCGCUAUGCUGGAUGCAUAUUUCCAGAAGAUUCGUCCAGGAUGUCUGCAGGACAGUGUGGACGACCAGGGCAGAUUUUUCCUGUCCAAACAAGGGCUGCCAGUUGGCAAUGUCACGAGUGACCUCAGGCGUCUGCAUGAACAGUACGAGUUACCAAAAUUUUCAAGCCAGCAAGCCAGAAGAGCCCAAAGUACUAUGGCAUGCUCUUCUUCUGAUGAGCCGGCCGAUGGGAGGAGAGUUCGGAAACAGAAGAGAGGCAGAGGCGCAGCUGACCAGUAUGACAGGGACUUUGGAGCGUUUCUCCUGCAGUUUCCAGCGACAGCGAGUAGCAGCCCCCCCACAAAAAAGAAGCGGAUCCGCUGCGGGGUUUCCAUCUGA